AUGAGCCACGAACGAAGCGUCGCUGUUGCGUCCAAGCAAUCUCUUGUUCUAGACUUGCCUCCAAGCUGCAUCGAGUUUUGCCCGUCACACCCAGAGUAUUUCGUGGUUGGAACUUACAACUUGGUGAAGGAUGAGGAGCCACAAGAUGAGGCGGAGGGUGCAGGGUCUUCGGUCGCUAAGAAGGCCCAAAACCGCAACGGUAGUCUUGUUGUAUUCCGACUAGCAAGCAGCUCAGUGCAUCAUGUUCAAACCAUCUCUCACCCAUCAGCUAUUCUCGACUUGCACUUCUGCCCCUUUCCGAGCCGGCAUGACAUCAUGGCUGUGGUUUCCAGCACCGGAACGCUAUCCAUAUUUCGAUUGAAUCCAGAUGCAGAUGCUUCAGAGCCACUCAAGCAUUUGGCCACAAGCAGAAUCUCCGAUGUCCCCGAAGGCAUCCUGUUUCUCUCGGGAGUUUGGGACACUAACAACGCAUCUUCUAUCGCGAUCACAACUUCUGCUGGCGAGGUGCGCGUCGUGACGCUCGAUACCUCCUGGCGAAUUAUCAACGACAACUCGGGGCCCGUGAUAACGCAUUCUCUGGAAGCCUGGACGGUGGCAUUCUCUCUUGCCGAGGACCCAUUCGUGGUUUACUCUGGAGGCGAUGAUUCUGCGCUCCGGUACGCAUCAUGUACGCACAGCAGCGAAAAUGGCGAGAAAGACGGUGUUGGACUCAGGACCUUGAACUCCCCUCUCAACAUUGGGGGUCAUGAUGCCGGUGUGACGGCCAUUUUGCCAAUUGCUGCCAGACUGAUGGACGGCGCGAGGGUACUGGUUACCGGCAGCUACGAUGACACGAUACGAAUUUUUGCCGUGCACCCUCCGCACGAAACGUACGGUCUUCGCAAAUUCAAGAAAUUAGGGGAGACAAACCUAGAAGGAGGCGUCUGGAGGCUCAAGUUGGUCGAACUGCAGGAGAGGGACGGCCGCUGCUGCCUGAGAGUUCUAGCAUCGUGUAUGCAUGCUGGCGCCAGGAUUGUUGAGCUGGAGGGGCCGUUGGAUGGUGGAGAAUGGGAUAUCAGGGUCCUGGCUCGGUUUGAGGAACAUAAAAGCAUGAACUAUGGCAGUGACUUCGUUCCCAGGCUAGGGCAGGGCCGCCUCGAAUGUGUGUCUACGAGUUUCUACGACAAGCUUCUGUGUUUAUGGGAGGCGGAUAUGGUUUAA